AUUAUCCGAGUUAGUUGUCUGAUGAAUGGUCUGGAGUGAGGUUGUUGUCCGCGGUCGCAGCCGAUUGGCAUUAUUUUUCUGCCGAAUGAACAUGGAUUUGAAAAGUUGAAAGGCCGAGCGCGUGUAUUUAGUGUGCUAAAAGGUGCUGUGGAAUUGAGGAUGUAAGCCAUCGCGGGAUUUACUACCUGAAAUGUGAUACAAGGCUACGGAGCUGUUCUUUUUUUUUCGCUGUAUAGAAGCUCCAAGUGAUCAUCAUCAUCAACAACAUCGGCUGGUGCUGCUGCUGGUGUUGUUGUUGUUGUUGUUGUUGUGGCCUUUAAAGCACCUCUCUUAUCAUCGUCUUCCGGAGAGUCUGUCUGUCUCUCUCUCUCCUCGACAGGCGAUGCGACGGACUCCCGGGAAUCGAGGGUGCCAGGUGUAGUGAUGGUGGCAGUGAUGGACUUGACCUGGAAUUGCCCCAGGGGCAGAAUCAAUGACCCUCCACUGGGCAAACCCUGAGUUCCCCUCGCUCCUUGCGCCCGCCCCGCACUCGCCGCUGCCAUGGCUGCUGACAGCGGUGUGCCGGGGCGGCGCUUCCUGUGUCGCGAAUGGGCCUGGGCCAAACUUUGGGCCUGCCUAGAGCAACGCCCAGCAGCCAAGACCUGCGGUGCUUUGCUGGUGGGGGGACCUGGCACCGGCAAGACUGCUCUCUGCACCCAACUGGUGGCGCCCACCACCUCCCACGGCCGUCACGCCAGCGCCCUUCAGGCUCGGCUCCUGGCCCGCCACUUCUGCCACAGCCACGAUGCUGCGUCACUCAGCGUCGGCUGCUUCAUCCAAUCGCUGGUGGUGCAGUUGGCAGAGUCGCCUCUGCUACCCGGCUACGCAACAAAGGUGGAGGCUGCGGACGUGCAGGCAGCCCUGGAGCCGCGGACCCUGCACACCAACCCUGACGAUGCUUUGAAAAGGGCGAUAUUGUUUCCCCUGCUAGAACUUGACCCCCCAGACAAAACCUUACUCAUCAUGGUUGAUAGCAUUGAUGAGACUGACCUGCAGGCGCUGCAGGGAGGUGCUCCACGGGAUGGAAACAAUGUGGAAAUCACCAACAACAGUUGUCCAUCCAAAACAAUUGCAGAAUUGUUGGCCACUCAUCACCAUCUACUUCCUCAGUGGCUCCUGCUAGUGGUAACAGCACGGCGUGGGUCGAGGGCCAUUAUCAAACAGUUUGCUGGGUUUAGAAAAGUCGCUCUAGAUGAUCUACGCAGAGGUCACGUGGUGCGGGAUGUACAGCAGUAUAUACUCUGCAGACUAGAUCGAGAACCCGCUCUGAGGCAUCACUUAUCCCGAGAAACUGCUGAAAUGCUCAACCAGCUACACAUAAAGAGCAAUGGUUGCUUCCUGUAUCUAGAAAGAGUCCUAGAUGGCGUAGCAGAGGGAUGGGUCACCCUGAGAGAGAUACGCCAUAUACCCGGUACCCUCAAUGGCCUCUACUUAUGGCUUUGUCAGAGACUCUACCCUCGUAGACAUUUCCAGAGGGUUUCCCCAUUGCUCUCGGUUAUUUUGGCAGCGAGAGCUCCGCUCACGCAGGAGAAACUGCGUGAAGCCAUUGAAAUUCGUAAUCCAGGUCUCACAGAUGAAGAUUGGAACAAGAGAUGGUCACUUCUUGCCCGUGUCUUGUCCCCAGAUCACGACGAUAGAGUUCUCCUCUUUCACCAUAGUUUUGCUGAGUGGUUGCUGGAUGUGAAGCACUGUACUCAGAAGUAUUUGGUGAAUGUAGCUGAUGGACAUGCCAUGCUAGCUAUGUGUCUAUCAAGGGAUGGUCCUGACCUGAAUGUGACUCAGGUGCACCAAUUAGCCGUCCAUCUGUCACGAAUUCACAUGGAACCUCCUCUAGAACAGUUUCAUUUACCAUUGUGGAUGGUUUCUUGUGGUGUACCACUUGAUAUUUGUUCAGACUUGCCACCUCCCAGAGAUCAACGAGCUUUAAAGAUAUUGCAGGAUGCUGGAGCAGCACUUCCGGACGAUCACCCUCAAGACGAGGAUGAUGAUGAUGUGGAUGAUGAUGAGGAUGAUGAAGAAGAAGAAGAAGGUGAGGAAGGUGGAGAGGAAAUAUGUCCAACAACUGAAGUCAAGUAUCAAGAACUAGAGCAAGAAGAGGAAGAGGAGGAGGAGGAGGAUAUACCAGGUCAGGAAGAUCAAGAGACAGAGGAGUUGGAACAGGAAGAGGAACUCAAAAAACUUGCUGAGCAUCAUGAGGAAAUGGGUGAUCUCAUAUGUAACAUUGAUGGUUUACAGUUAAAAGAAAAAAGUGUUGAAGAAGAGAAAGAAAAAGAUGAUCAAGAAGAGAAUGAAAAGUAUGAACAGAAGGAUAAUGUCAAUACUGUUUGUAAUAGUGAAGGAGAUGCAACUGAAGCCAAAGAGGAGGUAGAUACAGGUAGACCAAGGGAUGGUCAAGAUGAUUAUGAGAGAGAGGAGUAUGUGACAAUGGUUCCACUGCCUGGUCAGUUCAUUAAUGGGGGCACUGGUGGGGGUUGUAGCACUGAAGGAGCUGCCAGUUCUGGUGGACAUCCCAGCACAAAUGGCCGUCACAGUACAGGUGGCCGGCAGAGCACUGGUGGCCGGCAGAGCACUGGUGGCCGGCAGAGCACAGGUGGCAGACAGAGCACUGGUGGCCGACAAAGCACUGGUGGUAGGCAGAGCACAGGCGGACGACACAGUAGUGAGCAUAGCAGUAGCAGUAGCCGUCGAAGGGAACGCAGGAGGCGUCGUCAUCGUGAAGACCCCCUUUACCCUUAUCUCCGAGGUGGUCCUGUGGACCAGGUAGAUGGCUCAGGGAGAUCCCUUUUGCACAGUGCUUCACACCAGGGUGAUGCUUCCCUGGUGCGUCUUCUGCUAGAACGGGGAGCUUUCCAGGGGCUGCAGGACAGAGCAGGCCAAACACCUCUCAAUCUUGCUGCUCGUCAUGGUCAUGCAGAAGUGGUGACUAUUCUGCUGAGUGCCGGCAGCGACCCAGAUCAUGCAGAUGCGGAUGGGUGGACCCCACUGAGAUCAGCUGCUUGGGGUGGACAUAGUGAAGUGGUGACAGCACUCUUGAAUGGUGGUGCAUUGGUCGACUUAGCGGAUGGAGACGGACGUACUGCUUUAAGGGCAGCUGCUUGGGGCGGGCAUGAAGAUGUUGUGGCAGCUUUAUUGUGUCAUGGUGCAGCUGUAAAUCAAGCAGACAGUGAAGGCCGAACUCCGCUGAUUGCAGCAGCUUACAUGGGUCAUAGUGAAAUUGUUGAGGCUCUCUUAGAGGCUGGGGCAGAUGUCAAUCACCAAGAUAUUGAUGGAAGAACAGCACUGAGUGUUGCUGCCUUAUGUGUCCCAGCCAGUGAAGGUCAUGGCAGUGUUGUUACUACUCUACUGGAGCGAGGGGCAGCUGUUAACCAUCAAGACCAUGAUGGUCUUACGCCUUUGCUAGUGGCAGCAUUUGAAGGCCAUACGGAAGUAUGUGAGCUGCUAUUGGAAUAUGAUGGGGAUGUUGACCAUGUAGAUCGCUCUGGAAGAACUCCCUUACUGGCAGCAGCUUCAAUGGGCCAUGCAGCUGUAGUGGAACGCUUGCUGUUCUGGGGCUGUUAUGUAGAUCACAUUGAUGCUGAAGGAAGGACAGUACUUAGUGUGGCUGCUGCACAAGGUUCUCAGGAGACUGUAAGACUGCUUUUAGAUCGAGGCUUAGAUGAAACUCAUAGAGACAAUGCAGGUUGGACUCCAUUACAUUAUGCAGCUUUUGAAGGUCAUUGUGGUGUAUGUGAAGCUUUAAUAGAAGCAGGUGCUCGAGUCAAUGAAGUUGAUAAUGAUGGUAAGCAUGCUCUUGUCCUUGCUGCCCAAGAAGGUCACACCGCAGUGGUCUCGGCACUACUGGAUGCCAAUGCAAAUAUCCACCACACUAGCCAUGACGGUCGAUCAGCACUCCGUGUAGCUGCCCUGGAAGGUCACAAGGAUGUUGUGCAUCUCCUCCUGUGUCGAGGAGCUGAUCUCCACUAUAAAGAUGCAGAUGGUCGGUCUACGCUUUACCUCUUGGCCCUUGAAAAUCGACUGGAUAUGGCACGCUUCCUCAUGGAAAGUGGUGCUGAUGUUGAGAGCACUGAUUUGGAAGGUCGUACUCCUCUUCAUGUUACUGCUUGGCAAGGACAUACUCGUAUGGUUACUCUUUUACUAGAAGGUGGUGCUCAUGUUGAUGCUGUAGAUAAAGAACAAAGGACUCCAUUGCAAAGUGCCGCCUGGCAAGGUCAUGCGGAAGUAGUAAGGUUGUUGUUAGAACGUGGUGCAGCGGUUGAUCACACUUGCUCACAAGGUGCUACUGCUCUCAGUAUAGCUGCACAAGAAGGCCAUGAAGAUAGUGUUGCAAUUCUGUUGCAGUAUGGUGCCAAUCCUGCUCAUUCUGACCGAUGUGGUCGCACUGCUAUUAAAGUAGCUUUGAAAGGUGGUCACAUCCAUCUUGCUCGUAUGUUGGAAGAAAAUCUCAUCCAACAGCAGCAACAGCAGGGCAGUUCUUCACGUGGAAUUGUAACCUCCUCAUCGGUAGGCUCUGGUUCCACUGCUGAAACCAAGCCAUGCUCUGCUCUGCUCUGUCCUGGUUUAGCAGCUUCUCCGGCAGAGUCUCCCGAAUCCACCUUUGAGAAACGGCGUUCGGUAGCUUCUCUGGGUCAGCAUUCCUCCUCCAAAUCAUCAGGCAACCUCACCACUUCCACGCGAUCAUCGGGUGGUCCCAGGGCUCCCACUCCAAGAGAUGCUUCUCUUCAUAUCCAGCAUCACCAGCAGCCACCUUUACCUCCACCUGCACCUUCAGCACCUCCAGUUUCUGCUAUGUCACCAGUUCUCAGUUUCACGCAACAAUUGCAACAGUGUGGCCGUGGACGUGGGCGUCGCAACCCCCCUCCACCUCAGCCAGCUCUUACACCUCUUGAUGAACCUGCUUCACCCCUGUAUGCCUCUCCACCACUGUCUCCCCUGAGUGAUGGUCCUGGUGGAGGAAGGCAUCUCCCUGGAGGAGCUAUCCUAGAAGACGAUUACACGGUGCCAGUCCAGCAGUCGUCAAAACGAGCACCAAGACCAUCUGCACCCCCUGUUAGUCUUAAUCAAGAGAUAAAUCGUCAUCAUAGUGGAGUAUUACCGCCUGGCCUUGGUGGUAGUAACAUCCCAGGCAUGGGAGUGAAUGUUCCUGGGGGCAUUCCAGGAGGGGCAGGAUCCCCAGGGUCAUCAGGAUUCACUUUUACUCAAGAUCAGCACAUGAGGAUUAUCUUGGGUACCCGGUCCCCUGAGCCCCGUCCUCGUCGUAAUGGUAUUGUCACCAAUCCCAGCCUUAAGGCCGCUCACGCAAAGGCCGCUCAUCUCCUCAGGAAUGGUCUUAGUGGUCGCCCAAGACAACCCCCAGCCCGCCCUAAUGGACUCCCACUUAAAAAAGAAACACCACUAUGACCAAAGAUACAAAAUGUUGAACCUUUACCUUGGUAUCAAGGACUGGAGUGAAGAUGCAGACUGUCACUGAUAGGAAUGAAUGAAAGCUUUAAUUGUAGAAUUCAAUAUGUAUAUGUCUGGAGUGCAACUAGAAUUGACCUCCUUUCAAUGGCUGUUAUGUAUCAAAAGGUAAGCGACCAAACUGGAGGGCUGUUAAUAAAUUGGAAGAAGGUCUACGUUGCAAAAGUAAUAUAAGUACCACUGCAGGUGUAGAUAUGUUUGUUUCCAUGUUUAUAAUAAAGGAACACUACAAAAGUUUAUCAUUCUAAAUGUAACAAUGAUUUGCUUGCUUAUUACUUGUUUGUUGGAGAAUCUAUUUGGAAAUACUAGUCGUAUAGUGAUAAUAAUCUGUGUUAAUAUGAGAUUUUGUGACAGUUUGACAUCUUUAUCCUGUAAGGGUUUUUGAGAUACUUUCUGUGAAUUGACACUCUGGCCCAGUCAUGGAAUUCAUUCAGUAUUGAAAGAAAGACACCAAAGGUCUGGCCUCUGGACACUUGCCAGAUUUGGUGGGUCUGCUACUACGCAGUUCUAACGAUGAAACGUUGCUCAUUUCCCUUCUUGAUAUUGACCUUUUGGGUGCAACAUUUAAUUUUUAAGAUGGUUUGAAAUUGCGGUGGAAAUUUUGUUUAACAUGUUGGUACUCUACUGUGCUUCAUGGUUUUGUAUUUUGUAAAGACUCAAUAUGUAAUUAUAUUACAUCACAUAUAUCACAUAAAGUGUACACAUAACUAUGUAUGCCAUGCACACAAAAUGUAUGUACAGUUUGUAACAAAUCUUAAAAGGCUGAGCUUUUCUGGCAUUGUUUACCAAAAUCUCUUAAAUCUGGCAUAGAGCUUAUCUUCCGUUUGGUACAACCAUUUCGGAAGUUACCAUGGUUAGCAGCGGUGUUGUUCAUGAAUAUAACUGCCCUCUCUUUGAAGAAGGAACAACAGUUGCCAAACCACAGACCAGCAGUGAUUAUGAACACUGCAGUUAGUUUGUUUUUAAGUAUUUGUUAUUCUGCCAUUUCAUAUUUUCAUCAUUUAAUAUUUUCUUCACUCCAUAAUUCUCUCACUGAGAUCACAUUGGUGCACUGCCUUCGUGUGCGCAAUGAUUGAAGGCAGUUAAAAAUAAUCUAAUUUUAUAGGUCCAGAAAAAAAAAAAAAGAGGAGGAUAAAAGUUGGUAGCUUGUAUUUAUCACCAAGUACCUUCCUAGUAGAGCUAAACUUAAUGAGAACUGUGUGCAAUUCUUUGGGUUAAGGUUAUAGCAUAAGAUGCCAGUUUAUAGAAAGGAUUAUAAAGGUGUUUCAACCUUAAUUUUCAUUCUGCAAGUUAAGUUGUUGGCUUGAGGAAAUCGGCAUUUGUAAAAUGUUGACUGCUUCAUACAUCUUUUAGUGAUAAAAGAAAGUUUUAUUUAUGAAGGCUAUGUACUCCUUUUCAUUACUGUUAUAUUGUUAUGGUUGUUAUAACAGUAAACUCUAAUUUUACUAUUCUUUUCCAUAAGCUGGUUGACCUCUGCCUUCCUUUCCUGUCUAUGAAUUAGGAUCUCAGAUUGAUACAGUGGGAGGGAAAGGCACUUAAGGAUUCCUGAUGCAGAUAAGAGAUGUGCAUUCUGGAGGCGGCAUUCAUUUGAGUUUCCUUUUCAUGUCAAAAGACGAAUGUGGAUGUAAAUCGUAAAUCAUUUUAUUCCCAUUCAUGGAACAUUUAACCUUUCCUUUUUUUUAGAGAAACAAAUGUUUGAUGUUUGCUGAAAAUGUUUAACAACAACCUGUAACUGCUGAAAUGAAUGGCAACAAUUACAAUCCAUUCAAGAGUGGCUGAUCAUGGAAGGAAAUUGAUCAGCUAUAGAAUGUUUCAGAGUAGUUCAUAAUCAUCAUAAAAUGUAACCUCUACUUUGCUGUCUAAAAUAAUGUGGUGAAAUGUUUACACCUGGGUAACACACUUUUCUUGCAUGGCAUGUAUUAUUUUUAAAUGUUUUGUUCCUCCUUUUAUGUCAAGUAGUAUUAAAGAAAAAAAAAAGAUUCACUGAUAACAUGUUUUCAUACUCUUAUGGUGGGGAUUUAGUAUGCUUCCCCUGUGUUAUUUAUCAACUUUUGUUUUGUCAAGUAGUAUAAAAGA